GUAACACUCAGCAGACAGACAGACAGGCAGGUUGACAGGUAGACUAGGCAGGUAGGCAGUAGUAGUGAGUGAGCGGCUGGCUCGGUCAUUUGGCUUUCUUACUGCCGUCCAUCUCCCUCUCCACGGCGUACUCGGCCACGUUCUUGAGGUUGCCCAGCGUCGCCUUCACGGCCUGAUGUAGGUAGGGACACGUUCACAAACCAAGCCACAUCCAUCUCUACUGUCCUCUCUCUCUCUCUCUCUCUGCGUGUGUCCGUUAGUUACCGUGAUGUAGUCGAGGCUCUGGUAGGUGAGGCCAUGGUCCUCGCAAAACUGACGAAUCCUGAAACACACAGACAGGUGCUAGUGAGGGACUAUGGUGGUGGGGUGUGUGUGUUUGUUCGCCGUCCAUCGAGAUCUCACUGCAGUGACUGACCUGGGCACGAGUUGGGGCUGUCUGUACUGCGGCAUGGAGGGGAACAGGUGGUGCUCAACCUGGCAGUUCAGGUAGCCCAUCCACCAGUUGACUGAAUAUAUGACACAGACACACAUCGAUCCACACACAUCUCUCCUCCCUCCCGACAGGCUGGCUCCCUCCCUCCCUCGCUCACCGAAGGGGUUAGGGUCGACGUUGAUGGUGUAGUCGAUGCCGUAUUCGACCCAGUUCUUGUGCUCGUCGGCCCGUGUGGUCGGCAGGUGGGUGUGGUUCAGGCUGAAGUUGCCGAACAGGUACACGCCGCUCACAAACAUGGUCAUGUAGAAGGUCGACAGACACAUCAAAAUCGACCAGUCCGACGGGCACGAGUAAAAGUGCGCCACGUAGCGCAGGAUCACAAACAGCAAAGUCACCGGGUCACGCCGCCCCUUCCUGCAAUGCAGAACGCGCACACACAACCAUGGCCGGAUGGAUGGAUGGUCGCUGCCCGAGUCAACGCGCCGCGCCCGUGUGUGUGUGUGUGUAUGUGUGUGUACCUCAGGAUGUAUUCCUUGGGGUGGAGGUAGAAGUGCCAGAAGAAGACGUUGAGCACCGACGUCAGCGGCAGGAAGGUCAGGUGCUGGUAGCGGAUCCACCAAGUCGGCGUCAUGGCAGCACGACGACCGCGCUCCAACGCCUAAACACAGCACCACACACACAAGUGUGAAGAGACCCACGCCGCACUCUCUGCCCGUCCCUCUCUCCCUCACUCCUCCCUCUUUCCCUGUGUGCCCGUCGCUUACAUCCUUGUAGAAGGCGACGAAGGGCAGCGUGUCGACGUCGAGGUCGUGGUCCUCCUUCUGUGGAGUGGCAUGGUGUUUGUUGUGCAUGUGGUUCCACUUCCAGCCGUAUGUGAUGAGGCCGAAGGAGAUGAAGAUGGUCUGGAUGGCCUUGUCCACCGGGAUGAUGCCCGUCAGGGAGUGGUGGCCGCCCUCGUGCUGGAUCCACCCCGACCGGCCGCCAGCCAGGCCCCCGAUGAACAUGGACAGCAGCACCGACCACCAGGUGCCCGCCUUGAGCAGCACGAAGCUCACCACGAACAUCGAGAUGAUCUCCACUAUCCUGAAGGCCACGUGCGCCAGGUCGGGCUUGAACCAGCCCUCCGCCACCAGGUCGCUCCGCAGCUUUCGGUAGUCGGCCAGCAUCUGCUGCGCUCGCUCACUCUUUUCCAUGGGCUUGUCGGCGGGCCUGGAGGGCAGCGACUUGAGGAUCUUGUCGGCCCGAGGACUGCGCUGGUGGAAAGCGACGUAGGCAUCGGUGGCGUCCUGGUUGGCGUAGUAGGCGAUGACGGAGCCGCCGGGGUGCCGCUUGACAAAGUCGGUGAUGUCGUAUAUGCGGUCACGCACCUGGAUCUCGACGCGGCCGGACGCCGGGGGAGCCUUCCGUGAUGCAGGGAGGAGACGAGGCGACGCCUGCUUGCACAUGGUGACGGGACGGGACUGGGGUUGCCGCUGCAAGAAAAGGACUGCACUGGCAAGCUCGCAG